AUAUAUACAUAUAUAUAUAUGUGUAUUCAAAGCUAUUCAUGAAUUGAAUUGUACAUAAAUAAAAACAGUAUGAGUAAUAUCCAAAUGUAUACAUUUUAAGAUAAUUUUAAUCAUUUAAUGAGACUUAUUGGUAAUAAAGUAAUAAACAUUUUUGAGAGUCGGCCCAGACCCAAAAGGCGACCUCGCAAGAAGACAAAGGUGGAUCCUGUGGACUUGACGCCACCUCAAAAGAAUAUAGACGUACAACAGGUGAGGUCAUUGCCGAUUGAUGUUGGAAAAAUGGCGUAUUUUAGUAAUGAGGUUUUCAAAUGUGUGUUUAUUAAAAAGCAUAGGGUCUGACAAAAAAAGGACAUCCUUGUGUAAUCUGUGUCAAUACGGGACAUGGGGCAAUGGAACAUUUGAAAGAUGAGUGUGGCACUCACCUGAUAGAAAACUACGACUGAUUUCUAUCAUCAUUGAGUUCAGUUUAAUGUUUUUUUUAAAUUACAUCUACCGUACAUAUAUGGCCCUAUUCGUCGCGGCUUACCUGACACAUGAAACGUGACAAAUUGGGGGGAUGCACUAUCCACUUUGGCCGCCAGACGUUAGUAGAGUGUUGAAUAUCUAAUAGUGUUUUGGGGCAAUUCCAACUUUGACCACCAAAGCGUCAGUUGCUAUGUAGAGUGGUGCUUUCUAUCAUUUUAAAUGGACUGCAUUGCAAAAUGAUUAAAUCUGACCGUAAGCUCACACAACCUUACUCCCUAGAGUAGGGAACUCCCUUCCCUACUGUAUACCACAAUUAACUAGAGUCUGUGCAAUUCCGCUAGCCGUAUGGGCAGGCUACAGAUGGUGGAACUCAAAUGCUUGAACGUCCAGGUUGAGUGGAGUGCGUGGAUGGUAGAACAUAGGGGUGUGGGAAAAAAUCGAUUCGAAUUCGAAUCGCGAUUCUCACGUUGUGCGAUUCAGAAUUGAUUCUCAUUUUAAAAAAAUCUAUUUUUAUUUAUUUGUAUUAUUUAUUAAAGACAUUUUUUAUUUUUUUUAUUUUUUGUUUUUAAUUAAUCAAUCCAACAAAACAAUACACUGCAAUACCAUAACAAUGCAAUCCAAUUCCAAAACCAAACCCGACCCAGCAACACUCAGAACUGCAAUAAACAGAGCAAUUGAGAGGACACACAAACACGACAGAACAAACCAAAAGUAGUGAAACAAAAAUGAAUAUUAUCAACAACAGUAUCAAUAUUAGUUACAACUUCAACAUAGCAGUGAUUAAAAAUUCCUCAUUGACAUUAUCAUUAGACAUUUAUAAAAAUAAAAAUAAAAGAACAAUAGUGUCACAGUGGCUUACACUUGCAUCGCAUCUCAUAAGCUUGACAACACACUGUGUCCAAUAUUUUCACAAAGAUAAAAUAAGUCAUAUUUUUGGUUCAUUUAAUAGUUAAAACAAAUUUACAUUAUGGCAAUCGGUUGACAAAACAUUGUCCUUUACAAUUAUACAAGCUUUUUACAAAAAUCUACUACUCUGCUUGCAUGUCAGCUAGGGGUGUGGGAAAAAAAUCGAUUCGAAUUAAAAUCGGCAUUCUCACGCUGUAUGAUUCAGUAUCGAUUCUCAUUUUUCAAAAAUCUAUUUUCUUCCCCCGCUCCCGGCAAUGUGUAUGUGCCUUCUGGGCUACCGUAGAUAUUGCGCAAUAAGCAGCGUGGCUACCUGGUGGCUAGCUAGUACUAAGGGGAGUGUACAGUGUAGUGUUGUUGUGUUGCCGCUAAAAUGCAGGUAAAAGAAAAAGACACAGAGCAGCCUAAAGAAAUACAACCGCCUCCGCGGCCUUUGAAAGCAAACGUUUGGAGACACUUUGGAUUUUACCGUGGCAAGAAUAAAAAAGGGCAAACAUGACUCAUGCAAUUUGCAGACUUUGCAACACUAAAGUUAAGUAUUUUGGGAAUACUUCAAAUCCCCGCGCUCACUUGGACAGACACCACCCAGAAUUAUCAGAGGAAAAGGAUCCUCCACUACCACUGGCAGCUGAUCAACACACACUUCGCCAGUUUACAAAAUUACCACCCAGUUCUGAAUGGGUAAAGAAGAUAACCAGAUCCAUCGCUUGUUUCAUUGCAAAAGACCUGCGACCAUACAGCACUGUGGAGAGAGAAGGCUUCAGGUUCAUGAUCAAAACGCUCAACCUCACAGCCCAGAAGGCUCUGAAGCUUGGUACUGUGUCACGGGUGCUGUAGGGAGGAUCAGGCGAAUCACCGGAUACUUCCACAGGAGCGCCAUUGCGCGUGAGGCCCUGAAAGCGAGUCAGACUGAGAAAGGGAUCACGGAUCACAAGUUGAUAACCGACGUUACAACCAGGUGGAACAGCGCACACGAUAUGGUUGAACGGUUUCUGGAGCAGCUGCCUGCUAUAUGUGCCGCUCUCGUCUUUCCUGGGGUGCGAAAAAAUAAUACUGCUGACACCUCCACGCUAAGUGAUGCAGAAAUCAAGUAUGCUGAAGACAUAGCUAUGACACUCAGGCCAUUGAAAGAUGCCACCAAGAUCAUGUCAGAGGAUUCGUCACCCACACUGUCAGUCAUAGCUCCAUUGAAUGCCCAGCUUCUUCAUGACACAGAGGGGGACUUGGCUGACCCCCCACUUGUCCGAGACAUCAAACGGGCGGUACAUGACGACCUAGCAACAAGAUACAGCAGUGAGAAGACUCAAAACCUUCUCCACAUUGCCUCUGCACUCGACCCCAGGUUUAAAGCACUGCCUUUCCUUGCUGGAGAUGAGCAGCUGGACAACAUCCAUGCCAGACUGAUAACAGAAUCUGCAGCGCUCGAGGACCAGGUGAGGCCAGGAGAGGCUGACAGCAGUCCUGUGGAGCCAGAGUCAGGCCAAGAAGAAGGCCCUGCCCCAAAAAGAAGAACAACAUCUGUCGCAAUGGUGAAUCUGCUGGGGAAGACAUUCACUGAGGUCAGAGUUGCUCCCAAAUCAGCCAGUACCAGAGCUGAGGAGGAGCUGAAGAAGUAUUUAGCAGAACCUGCACUCUCUCUCACAGAAGACCCCCUUGACUGGUGGAAGUUCAAAGAGAGAGAUUGUCCUCUACUAGCCAAAUUAGCUAAACAGUUUCUAUGUAUCCCAGGUACAAGUGUUGCGGCAGAGAGAGUAUUCUCCACUGCUGGAGAUGUAGUGACAGCGCAGCGGAGCUGUCUAUCUCCACAACAUGUUGAUCAGUUUAUUUUCCUGCAAAAGAACCUACAGAUUAGUGAUUGCUGAAUGAUGGAUAAUAAUCCUUCUAUCCUACACUGACAAAGUUGUGUCAAGCACUUUUGUGAUUUGUUGUUAAGAAAAAAAGAGAAAUAACAGUAUUUGUUUAAUUUUAUUUUUGGUUCUCAGAAGUUCUCAGAAAUAUAAAGGCAGCUAGCCUAAGCCUACCAAUUUUAUUUAUGUUACAGACCUUUUAUUACUGCUUUUGUGUUUUGUUAAGAAAAAUAGAGACAUAACUAACUAGUAUUUGUGUAAUUUUAUUUGUGUAAGUGGCAUGUUCUCAAAAAUAUAAAGGCAGCUAGCCUAAGUUCAUUUGAUUUAUGAAUCAUUUAUUUUGUUGUUUUACACAAAGAACUAGUUCAUAAUGAACAGUUACAGUAUUUUUGUAUAAUUUAUGGUAAUGUUUGGCAAGUUCUGGCACAGACUGGCAGCUAGCCUAGCCUACCAAUUGUAUUCUAUUGAUGUUACAGUCACAGGAGUUGUAUUACUGUAUUUGAUUGUUCUGGCAACUGAGUGAGUAGUAACUGAGUGUCAUAUUCAGUCAGAUGUUAACACGUUUUGUUCUAGUUAAAAUGUGUGCAAGCAUGAAUAAA